AUGGAUCAACGACGUGCGCCCCUUGCCGGCCCCGACCAGCACUAUCAUCGUCCUUCGCUCCCUAACGACCAGUCUGUUCCUCCCUCGAAUCAGCACAUCUACCCUCCACCAAGACCACACAGUCUACCCAGUGUCGACUCCUUGCACCCUCCCCCACCACCGUCGCAUCAAUAUCACGGCCCACAACCACCUUCCACGGUGAUACAUCCAGCGCCGCACCCUGAAGGCUCGGACAGGGCUGAUCAUCCAAACACGGCACCACCUGCUGUCCACGGCACUCCUCUCAUCAAGUCUGACGUUCCCCCUGCGCCGCCCCAAUACCCUCGUCCGCCCAGUAACCCUUUGCAAUCCCAUCCCCAUCCUCAGUCACAGCAACAACAUCAUCCCGGGCAACCGCCCAACUCUCGACCACCCAUGGACCAUCCGCAAGUCGCUUAUGCGCAUCAUCCACAACACCCGCAAGGCGAACAUGUCAACUAUGUAGUAGCACCAAUGCUGGAUCCGUAUGGCCAGCCACCGCCAGGCUAUUAUCCACAGCACAUACAAUACAUGAAUCCGACCAUGCAAAUGACAAACCCAAACUCGCGCAAGAAGAGUAUGCGCGCCAGUCAGGCCUGCGAUAGAUGUCGUGAGCGUAAAUCCAAAUGCGAUGAAAAUCGCCCUUGUGCAACGUGCAAAGACCAGAACCUGGAAUGUAUUUACAAAGACACACAUCCCACCAAGGCCGACAAGAGUAACCAGGCUCUCUCUGACAUGGUCACUGAAGUUCUCAUGUCCAUCAAAACCAUCAGUGAUCGACUCGGUGUUGUAGAGAACCACCUCGCCCUCGGCAAUUCGACGCUGACUCGCGUCGAUACGCCUAAUGGAUCCAGCCAGAAUGGCUCAAGCACUGUGGCUGUAGCCCUCAACGACUCUGUGGAGCUGGCUGGAGUCCAACAGCAAAGCUGGGAACUCGGCGAACACACCACAGCAGCUCACAAGUUGUUGCUUCGUUGGCCAUCCAUCCAACCAUUCGUACGAACCAGUAAAUGCAAUAUCCAGGAAAAUUAUGUCAUGAAAGGCGAAGACCGUGGCCUCUUACGUCUUUACGGAGCUGGCGAGCGCGACAGAGAUGACAAAGCAGCCAUCGGCGCCGCAAGUCCUGCAGGCAGUGCGAGUGGAGAAGAUCUUAUCGCUUCGACUCCUGAAAACGAUAGCCGACGAUCCGAGCCAUUCACUCCUGGUUCUCCCGCCAUGGCUAUGGACAUCGACACUAUUGAUAACUUGUUCAUUUCAUACAAGAAGAAUAUCCAUCGACUGCAUCCAUUUGUUGACGUUGAGAGUUUUGGAAGAUACCUCAAGGAGUUUCAACAAAAACACUGUGCAGAAGUCAAAUAUGCUCACUCGCCAUUGUUUGUAUCAAAUGGCUCUGGUGAGCGGGAGGCUAAGCGAAGGAAGCGCAACGACAACUAUGCCGUCGGCCUUCUGCCUGGAGACUAUCCGAGCAGCUCCGCGUCGUUGCCGCCCAAGCGUGCGCCGGACAGGACAAUCACCAAUGCGAUCGUAUAUUUAGUUCUUGCCUUAGGAAAAAUAUGCGAGGCUGGUGAUCCACUUCCUGGUCCGGUCCAAGAACUCGGUCCGGUGGGUAAAGCUAACGCUCUUCAGGGCACGAUGGCAUCGCCUGUUGUGAAGCCAAGUGCAUCUUCACCGCGACAGUACCUUAGCAACGUCGCAAACUCUUCUGCUGGAGUCACACGGGCUCAAUCUUGUGAUGGCACGGGCAAUCAGAUAUCGGACAGGAGGCAGGCUCAGAACAUCGAAAAGAUAGCUGGCUUCGUCUACUAUCGGGAAGCGGCCUCGAUCCUUGGUGAUUUUACAGACUCAAACGAGCUCGCAGCUGCCCAAGCGCGUCUCCUGGCCGGCCUCUACAAGGGCCAACUUGCUAGAGUUCAGGAGAGUUGGAGCUGGAUAAAUACGGCUGCACGGACAUGCCUUUACCGUAUGAAGAUCGAUGGCCUGGACAACUCGCUCGAGAAGAUGAAGAAAAAGAAGCGAGCACUGACCAAUCACGAGAAUUUGACCAUCCUUGCAUUCUGGUCAGCAUUACAGCUUGAGAGUGACAUCCUCGCUGAGUGGGAUUAUCCACGCAGCGGUCUCCAUCUACUCGAAAAAACAGUUAUAUAUCCUGAGCAGUACAUACCGCAAUCACCAAACUGGUCCCAGGACGAACGAGAAAAGUACAUCGUGACACUGUACUACUCGGCCCAACUCUAUCUACGCACGAAGCUGAAUCAGAUCCACACGGGCUUGUAUGGAGGACAAUUAUCUGCAGAAGAUCCGCGUAAACUUGCGGAUCUCCUUUGGCAGCAAGAGGAGGACUUACAAGGCUGGCAAACACUCAUGCCAACUUACUGUUGGUCUGACGAUGAUCCACCCGCUUCCGACAUUGUGGUUGCACGUCUAAGAGGAAAGUAUUACGGCGCUCGUUACGUCUGCACCCGACCAUAUUUGGACUUCGCUCUACACGUCAUGCCCGGGCUCGGAGAAGGCAAAACCAUUGAAGAGCUGACGAGAGAUGCGAACGGUAAACAACGAGAGACCGAGCUUGCGCUAUUCACAGCCAUUAACAUGUACCACGGCGAAGAAGACAUCAAGUCCAAAUGCCGCAUUUGUAUCGAUGCCGCCCUGCGCAGCACGGUAGCAUUCGACGGUGUAGAGAAUUUUGACCACCGCUUGAUAGUCACAAACAUCAUGGGCACUGCUCAUGCACAAUUCGGCAACAUGCUGGUUCUUGCAGCAGUUUACAAUUGCAAAAUUGACUGGUUGGAACAGCUGGUUUCUAAGGACAAGCUGCAAAGUUUGCUCCAUCGCACCAUCGCUUUCAUCCGACGUCUUCAACAUGCUUCCAGUGUGGCAGUCAGCGACAUCCUGAUCCUCGAAGCAAUCGACCGCACCCUGUUCCCUGACGGCACUGACAUCUACAAGAACGAAGGCCUGACUGGCGACUCGCUCGGAUCAGGAGACUCUUUCAACUCCAUCGAUCAAAUUGUCUGA